GCGGGCGGGGCGGGGCGGGGGCGGGGGCAGAGGCCGGCGGGGAGGAAACUGGAGGAGCGAAGGGGCCUAGAGGUCUCCGCCGAAACCGUGUGUGUGAGGCCGGCGGCCGGCAGGAGAGGCGUCCGGGGUGGACUGGCCGGAGAGGGAGCCCCUUUCCCGAACGGCCGGAGGAGGCCACCUAGAGGGCGGACAGACAGAGGCAGGGAGGGCCAGCAUGCCCCCAAUGCUGUUCCCCGCCCUGCCGCUGCUCCUGGGCGCCACGCUGACCUUCCGGGCGCUCCGGCACGCGCUCUGUCGCCUGCCCCUGCCUGCGCACGUGCGCGCCGACCCCCUGCGCACCUGGCGCUGGCACAACCUUCUCGUCUCCUUCGCCCAUUCCAUUGUGUCAGGGAUCUGGGCGCUGCUGUGUAUAUGGCAGACCCCUGAGAUGCUGGUGGACGUUGAGAGCGCAUGGUCGCUUUCUGGCUAUCUGCUUGUUUGCUUUUCCGCAGGGUACUUCAUCCACGACACGCUGGAUAUUGUGGUUAGCCAUCAGGCACGAGCUUCUUGGGAAUACCUCGUCCACCACGUCAUGGCUAUGGGUGCCUUCUUUUCAGGCAUCUUUUGGAGCAGAUUUGUUGGUGGGGGCGUCCUAACACUGCUGGUGGAGGUCAGCAACAUCUUUCUCACAAUACGCAUGAUGAUGAAGAUCAAUAAUGCCCAGGACCUCCUCCUCUAUCGAGUCAACAAAUACAUUAACUUGUUUAUGUACUUUCUUUUCCGCCUGGCCCCUCAGGCCUACCUCACCCAUUUCUUCCUGGGUUACGCCGGCCAGAGGAACCUGGGAACCUUUCUGCUGGGCAUCCUGCUUAUGCUGGAUGUCAUGAUCCUCAUCUACUUUUCCCGCCUCCUCCGCUCUGACUUCUGCCCCCAAGGUGUCCCCAGCCAGCAACACAAAGACAAGUUCUUGAUUGAGUGAAAAGCGCAGUUAGGGACUUGUGGCAAGAACAGCAAACACAGCCAAGAACACCCUCACACGGACUGAGAAGAGACUUAGCCCCUUGCCUGAGCUGUCCUCUGGGGCCAGCCACUCCACCUUUCAAACCUGCACCCACUAUUGAAAACACUAAUGAAAAAAGCACUCUUCUGAAGUCCUUGUCCUUCCUUGGGCAAGAGGUGAGGGAAGCAGACAGACCGGUUGGACAUGGUAGAUGGCUAUGGGCACAAGGUGCUACCGGAAAGCCAGCCAACCCACACUGCCCUGAAAUGGAUGCUAAUGAAAACUCUGGAUAUUGGUUUCAUACAAAGCCUCUUCCAGAGAUAAAGGAAGGGGUUCUUGCAAAGCUUCUUGCUUGGUCUCUUACCUCAUGAUGGAGGCCAAGUUGUAGUUGUCCUACGACAACCAACUCUAGUCUGGGUCACAAAUAUCUGUUACAGGUAUGGUGAGGUGAUAGGGCUGAGUGUUCCAACAGGUUAAGGAGACCAAGAGUCUUGCCCAAGCCCUGUUACUUAGGUGUGUAUAUACCACAGUAUGGCCUCCCACCCAGAAAUCAACAUAAAGAAAAGAAGCAUACAUAUAGUGAAAACUUUUAUAUUUAGAAUUAGUCAGCUGGACUCAGUUUAGAUGAUCCCAAUCUGAAAAACAAAAGGGAGCUUUGUUACUGGGAGUUGAAAUGUGAAUAUUAAGAGGGAAAUGUCAAAGUUAAAAAGCAAAUUGAGGGCACAUGGUGAGGGGUAGGGCCUAUUAAAGAAGGGGCGCAGUCAGUCAGUUGAAACUAAUCACCGAAGUCAGGGUUUGGUCACUACAGACACAUCAUUUGCACCCAGGAAGGGGGGGGUGUUAAGGAGUUUGUAGCAAAGGAAGCUUACUUUGUUGGCAACAUCCAAAGCAUCAUAGUCAGGAGCCAGUCGAACAUAUGCCUUCUUCUCUCCAUCAGGCCUAGGGUGGAGAAGGAAGCCUUAGUCCCUACUGCCCUCACUGCCCCCAUGCCCUUCCUUCCUCCCCAGUCUUCUGGCGUAUUGGUGGUUCCUUUGUUCAUGUCAUUUUUCCCCCCCCAAAUAGUGAUUUUACCAUCAUUUGCGCAGAGGGGGUCAGGGAAGCCACUAAGCCACAAAUGAAGCCAAUUCCAUUUUAUGGGAAACACCACAGGCAUUCUGACAAUAACUGUAUCUUACUCUAGGGUCUGCUUCUGUCUAGAGGUAGGGAUCAAGAAAAUGAGCACCAACCCCUUAAGUCCUAGAGGCAGGACAGCUGAUGUUUCCUCAGAAGUCCAUACUCCAUACAAGGGACUGCAAUUACAGCAGGGGCUGCUCACUGGGAAGUCUACUUCUGAUCCCAAAAGCAGCAUCAAGGAAUUUCAUACCAUUCAGGUUUCCUGGCUUCUGACAAGAGGCCCAGAGGCCCCGGGCUCCUCCCCAUCCCACAGGACUCCACUCACCUGAUCAGGGUGUUGACCUUAGCCACAUCAAUGUCAUAGAGCUUCUUCACAGCCUGUUUAAUUUGGUGCUUGUUGGCUUUGACAUCCACAAUGAACACCAGUGUGUUGUUGUCUUCUAUUUUCUUCAUGGCUGACUCGGUGGUGAGGGGGAACUUGAUGAUG